AUGACCGAAUGCAUCAAACUUUGCGCCAGCAACAAGUACAAUGACAAACGCGUCGCUUAUCUUGGACUAAUGAUUCUUGUUGACGAAACCGAAGAGAUUUUAAUGCUAAUGACUAACUGCCUCAAGCAAGACCUUCACAACGACGAACUUCAGAUUGUCAGCCUCGCACUUAACGUUCUUGGCGAUAUCGCCAGCGUGGAAAUGGUCCGAGAUCUACUUCCGGAGAUCGAGAAGCAUUUGCUCUCUCAAAACCCAUAUAUUCGAAAGAAGGCCGUUCUCGCCUCAGUGAGGGCAGUCCGAAAGUUGUCUCAGGAAGAGACAACUAACAUUCUUCACCAUAUGCCACACGUUCUGGAUACAAGCUCUCCGGCCGUUCAUAUAUCCGUUACCGCAUUGGUUGCAGCUCUAUGUAGGCAGAGUACCACAAAUAUUGUAGAAUUGCGAUCGUCUGUUGCACCGAUUUUGCUUAACAUCCUUCGAGAGCACCUCUUGAAAAAGGGAAGGGGCUCAGGAAUAGAAACGGUCAUUGGAGGGGUGCGCAAUCCCUUUCUACAAGUCAAGAUCAUUGCAUCUCUUCGCUUGCUCUUUGAAUCUAGUCCUCCCAGCGAUCUUACAGAACACCUUUCUGAUGUCCUAGCACAAGUUGCGGCUAACACACAGACGAAGAAGGUGGCCGGAUGCGCAGUGCUAUACGAAUGUGUCAGGACGAUUGUGUCAGUGCAAACUGAUCCUUCACUGCGUGUUCUUGCGGUCGAGACGUGUGCAAAAUUCCUUACCCAUAGGGAACCAACCGUACGAUACAUUGCAUUACAAGAAUUAACCACGAUUAUUGAUGCGGAUGGGAUUGGUGUCUUAACACACGUAAGCGGAUUGAAGGAGAAGGUUUUAGGAGCGAUGCGAGAAGCAGACCCGACAGUACGGAAAAGGGCAGUAGAAUUGGGGUACAGGAUUGCAGAUGGCACAAAUAUUGAGGAGAUGGUGGAAGAACUGCUAGCCUACAUUACCAAGAGCAAUUCUCACGAGGCCAAAGAGGAUGCCUGCUGGAAGAUAUUUAUGCUUGGUGAUCGUUUUGGCUCGUCGGAUGUUUGGAAGGUCGAGAAGUUUGUCAGAGCUUUGAGUUCGGCAGACCUAUCCAUGCCAGAAGACAUAAUUACUUCAUUCAUUGCACUUAUUUCUGCAAAUCCGGAAGUUCAAGGACAUGCUGUACUCACCCUAUUUACAGAGGCAUUGGCACCAAAAAUGAUGGGUGGAUUACACGAAGAUGUGGAUCCUUUUCAAGGCUCGAGAUCGUCGAAUAUCGUACCGGAAAACGACAGCGGAUCAACAGCUACUAGUCUCAGAAAGCCACGACUAGAAAGGGUUGCUCUGUACGUUUUGGGUGAGCAUGCCGAAGUUACACCGAGUAUCGGAUUAGACAUCCCCGUGGUUCUAAAUGCGUUCGCAGAGAAGUUGCAGGCGAGUGAGGUCACUGAUGAGCCAUGGAUGAAUACGUAUAAGCCCGAGUACUUGACAGAAAACAGAAUCUUGGGAGAGACUGCCCUGACUGGACUGGUGAAAUUUGCGGCUAGAGCAGUGUGUGGUGCAUCGAGUGAUAUGCCGGAGUCGAACUCGAUUUUAGCCUUGGCGGGACCUGAACACGGACCUGAUAAGGACCCGCUGCAGUCGCUUCUCGCAAUCACCGCCCCGCCAAAGCGAAAAGCAAAUGAGGACCUUGGGUUGGGAACGGAUUUGUUGGCAGAGCUCGGCCUUGACGACAAUAAGCCAAAAGCCCUUCAAGCAGGCCCUAGUUCUGCUUUGGUAACAACACCCGAUCUGCUUGGCUCUUCUCUGUCAGGCAACUCAGGUGCAUUGGUGUCGCUUGGACCUGAGGCGGACGAAUCUGCAAAUCCUAUUGUCAGUCGGGUUCGGCAGAUACUGUUUGAACGAGCGCGUUCGACAGAUCUCGAGAUUCAGCAACGUGCUUGCGAGUAUUUAAUGCUCCUGAACGAUGGUUCGAUAUCAUUAUUAGCAUCUGCUAUGGCUCCUAUGCCUCCCCUGGACUUUGAGAGUGUCAAGGAGAGAGCGAGGCAGAGGAAGGAGAUGCGCACAGCGAUGCCUAAACCGCAAGCGGAAGGGCAGGGUGGACUUCUUCUGGAUUUGCUUGGUGAUGGUGGCGCUUCCGGGGAAGAACCACUGGGAUUACCAGCCAGCGGCGGUGGGGACUUUCUUGCUCUUCCAUCAUCGCAAUCAAACGCGAACGGCACUGAUGAUAUGACGUUGGAGGACAUUAUGGGGGGACCUUCGCAAAGUGUGCUGCCCGGACCCAGUCAGAACGUUGGAUUCGAUCUUGAGUCUUUAGGUGCGGUGCCGACAGUCUCACUUGAGGCUCAAGCAUCAGCAAGUGGAACGGGAGGUGGCUCAGGCAAUGCUGCGAUACUUUCCACCACAAUUUUUGAAUCGGGCUCGUUGCACGUGUCUGCGCAAUUUUACCGUGAUGAUUCCCCGAAAAGCGAGGAGAUUCUUCUGGAGCUCUCGUUUGCAAACAAAACAGAUUUCUCUAUGAGCAGUUUUGUCUUUCUCCUCGCCGUACCGAAAUACAUGAAGUUGGAUAUGCGCCCAGCUAGCGCCUCGGACAUUGCAGCAGGAGGAAAAGCUUCACAGGCCGUUGUUCUGUCCAACUCUUUACAAGGCCAUAAGCCAAUUCAGUUACGUUAUAGAGUGGAAUACGUUAACGACAGCACUGCCGAACACGUGCAAGAACAAGGGAUUGUCGCCGGUCUGGAAGCUUUGUAAGUCUGCAAGUAAAACUGCAAAUCUAUAGUCGUCGAUCAUUUACAUCAGUAGUGCACAGGCGGAACGUCUCGCGUUUGCCCUGGCAUUAUUGGAGGAGAGCAAGCGCCGACGAAAUAUUCGACGAUGUUACCCGGAAGCUCUUGCAGAACAGCGGCUCCAAGGCUUUCAGGAGGUGCUGUUUCAUAAUCCCUGAAUGCAACAAAUUGACAAAUGUCUGCAAAUAUGUAAACCAAGAACAAACCCGAGAAAAACAGAUCGAGAUAAAACAAACUCUAGAUUAGCAUUUU